CCAUGACGCACCGUGUGCGUCAAAUACGGAUGUAAACACUACUCGGUUCACGUGGAGGGAAAACAGUUUUCUUACAACAUCCAUGGGGUAAACCAAAACCGACGAUGGCACCGAUGCUGGAGCGUUUUGUCAGCUCGGGAAAAGGUAACGGUCUUCGGACGACAACCAGGAUCAAGAGAGGAGAGCUGGUGUACUCUGCCGAGCCGCUGGCGUGCUGUGUGUCCAACAAACUGGCCAGAGAUGUCUGCCACCACUGCUUCACACGAUGUGAGACCUUGUUGCGGUGUUCCCAGUGCAAGAUGGCUCGCUACUGCAAUAUCACUUGCCAGAAACAAGCAUGGUCUAGCCAUAAGAGAGAGUGCAAAUGUCUGCAAAGCCUCCUACCCAGAAUUCCCACUGACUCAGUCCGUCUGGCUGCGAGACUCAUCUUUGCCUUGUUAAGUCCAUCUAAGAGCAGUAGUGAGGAGCUCUACACUUUGGAGGAGCAUGAAUCACACCUAAAUUCCAUGUCUGAGCAGAAGAAACAAGGUCUGUCUCAGCUGGCAUCCAUGUUAGAACUGUACCUACAACAGGAAGUACCUGACCUGGCACAGGAAGCACUGCCACCUUCUUGCCGAGAACCCCUAAGCCUUCUUGCAAAGGUGACAUGUAAUUGUUUCACCAUCAGUGACGGAGAGCUGCAAGAGAUUGGAGUUGGGCUGUAUCCUAGUUUAUCUCUGCUAAACCAUGACUGUAGGCCAAACUGUGUGAUGGUGUUUGUGGGAACAAAACUGCAGCUCAGAGCUGUUCGAGAUGUCAACCCCGAAGAGGAGCUUACUAUAAGUUACGUUGAGACUUUGUCAUUGACUGAAGCUCGACAGAGACAGCUGGAGGACCAGUACCAUUUUACAUGCCACUGCCAGCAUUGCGACACUCAAGACAAAGAUGGACUCAUGCUGUCAGGGAAAGAAUCAACAUGGUGCCCACUGAAGGAGGCUCUACCCAGACUUGAAGGACUGAAAGCAGAGUUGGAUUGGCAAGCACUAUUACAGGGAUGUAGUCAUCUAUUAUCAACUGUUGGCAGUGACGUGCCCGAUCAAAAUCUUUAUAAACUCCGAAUGACAGACAUGGCUCUAGAUGCUUCCAUUCACCUGGGACACUGGGAGGAAGCUGCGGAAUAUGGGGAGAAAACACUUCAAGUCUACAGCCAGUACUACCCUGAUCCCCAUCCAGUCCAUGGGGUCCAGCUGAUGAGAGUCGGAAAGCUGCAACAUUACCUGGAACAUAUUGAGGACGCUUUGGACACAUUCAAACAGGCCUAUCAGAUCAUAAAGCCCACCCACGGUGACAAUCACCCCAUGACCACCGAUCUGUUGAUGAGGAUGGAGGAAUGUCGUACUGAGAUGGUUCAACAAUCAUCCAGCAAGCACUGAGACACAAACGCAAAGAAAAACACUGCUACUGGACUCGCUACUGUAUAUUUAACUUAGUGGAUUAAUUUCACUUUCAUUUUCAUACAGUCUUUAGUUUAUUUGACAAAAUUCAAAUACAGCAGUAAAAAAAUACUAGUGUAUCAGACAUCGUCAGGGAUAACACGUCUAAAUCCAUGAAUUAUUUCUAUCAUGGUCCCUGAUGUUCCAGUCCAUCCUCGCCACAACAAGACGGAGACACACGACCACGACAUGUCACAUCCCAACACAACAAUCCCAGUCCCUUGAUAUUUUAGUGUAUCAAUCAACCCCAAUAAUCAGAUUAAUGAGAAAUUAGAGAAACAGAAAGUAGAGAAAUAUACAUUUUGCCUACUGUAUUUGUACUUACAUCUGAUGAAUGUAUUGAAUUGAAAUCAGUAUGUUCAGACUGAUUUUUCUUUUUCUUACACAGUUUAUCAGGAAUUGUCUUGAUAAACUUGCUUUGACAUUAAUUUCUCAUUUGUAAAAACUGAAUGAACUUAGUUAAGAUGUGUAAUACCCACUCAAACAAGACAAAUGUCUACAGCCAUGCUAGUGGCUCUGUGAGGCGGUAUUUACUGUAGGCACAGUGGUGCUUUGAACUUUAAGCUAGUUUAGCAUGCUAAUAUUUGGUGAUUAGCACUAAACACAAAGUAAAUCUGAGGCCGAUGGGGAAUGUCUUUUUGAAAGUUUUGCAGGUCAUUAACUUAAGUAUAGGAUUGGAGUAUUAUGAUCCUGGCACAGUAACAGGGAGUGUUGUCUACUUUAUCCACUAGAAAUCCCUUUAAAGGAAUAAUUCAACAUUUUGUGCUUGCUGAUAUUUGCAUUCUUUUUAAGAGUGAGAUGAGGAAAUAAAUAUGAAAAUCAUGUUUGUGCAUUACUACAGAGCUAGAGCUGGGAGGUGAUUAGCCAAGCUUAGCAUGCAGUAAAGACUGUAAGUCUGGAAAGCAGCCUGGCUCUGUCCACAGUUAAAAAAUAUGCCUACUACUCACUAAUUAACACAAUGUAUUAUUUGUUUAUUCUGCACUUAAAGAUACAUAAAAUAUUACUAUUUUGCUCAGUUCAGUUUAUUAACAAAGGUUGUGUGUGUGUGUGUGUGUGUGUGUGUGUGUGUGUGUGUGAGAAUUUUAGCUGGCCUGUCUCCUGCUUUUAAUCUUCACAUACUAUCUAGAUGGGUGAUCUCAUGUCCACAGUUCAUGUGUGUGUGUGUGUGUGUGUGUGUGUGUCUGUGUCUGUGUCUGUGUGAGCGUGCGUGCAUGCGUGUGUUGUUUUAGUAAAGUCAAGUUUUCAAAACGUCCAUCUUUCCCCUACACAUAUCCAUCACACACACUUCCCAUGUUAAUCCCUGUUUGUGUGUGUUACAAGUUAAGCCCUGAGUGUGUCUGUGAUGGAAUGUGGUGAUGGGUUUCACACAUACACACACACACUCACACACACACACACACACACACACACACACACACACACACACACUCUUACUUCCCAUGUUAAUCCCAAAAGUCUACCCUUUGCAAACUGAUGACAGCAUAUCCUCUGAGAGGGAAACCCUGUGUAUGUGUGUGUGUUUGUAUUUCUAUGGGCUAUGGGAGGAUUAGAGUCAUAUUAUGUUUGAUAUUUAUGUUUCUAAAAGGUUUUGCUUUUGCCCAAAUCCUUCAUCCGUCCUGGAUUAGUCAGCAGUCAAUUAUUCUCUAUUCAUCAUAAACAUAUUAUAAUUAUAUGUUUUUUAAAUGUAUUGCUUUUAUAGAGAAAAGGCUUUCAUUUAUUGUAUCUUGAAGAUUGAAUGGAGUCGUGCAGUAAUGAAUCUGGUGGAUUGAAUGGUCUGUGGAAGAGUCUGUCCUGCUGUACAAUACUCUUCUUACCUCCAUUACUCACUUCGUUGGCUCUGUUUCUUUCUGUCUCUCACCCUCUCCCUUUCUCCUCUCUUAACGGCCAUCAAAUUAGAUUUACUAUCGCUUAAUCCUAACCCUCUGUCUCUCCCUUUCUGUCACUCACAUUCUCUCUCCCCCAUUUUCUGUCUCUCUCACUCCCCAAAGGUUUUAAAUUAUAUUCACUAUGUGUCUUUGCCGGCAGCCUGAGCCAAUCACAGAAAUGACACCAAGUGGCAUUAUCCCAUUUUUAUUCACUCACCCUUCUGCUAUUUGCUCUCCCCCAUUUUCAAUUUUCACUAUCAUUUCGCGGGCAUUCCCUCUCUCUGUGUGUCUCCCCAUGCACAUCAUCUCUCACUUUAUAUCUCCCUUCCUCUUUAUCUUCACCUUUUCCCUGUCCACUCGUAUCGUGCCCUUAUUUAAUUCCACAAUCUGUAUUCCAAACCCACAGCUAAAAUUCAACACACAGGUUUGGAAACUGCUGUCAUUCCCAAAUUGAUUGUCAGGUCUCAUAAGAAUUGACAUUUGAUGACGACAAAAUCUAAGUAUUUAGAUUAUUUUUGAAGUAUUUUUUAAUCAGUACGUCAAAUAGUUAAAUUUAACGCAUCAAUAUGCCACUUCAUAAAAUUACACGUUGAGCCUUUAAUAGGUCAAAAACACCAGUUGGCAGUAGACUUUUUCUUCUCCCUUUUCAGCUGCUUGUUCCUCACACAAAGAGAUGCUGCUGUUUCAAGUUGUAUAUUAACAGCCAGAGACGGUAGAUUUUAUCCCCGGUAUCGCUUCUCGAUUAUCUUCCAGUGUUUCAGGGUUCAGUGAUAAAGAGUAAAUGGAUAUUACCAUAUAUUCGUGAGUAAUCUCACUUUAGAUUAAAAAAAGCGACAAAACCAUAUCUCCAUGUUAACCUCACACCUUUACCAUCUGCUCAUCACCCCUCCAUCUUUCUUUCAUUUUUGAUUGGGCUUCUUCAUAAUCAGAGCCGACUCUUUAAACCAGAGGACUGUUGAGCUGAAGAGUAACUGCCUCUAUCGCAGCUUCCUGAACACAAUUUAACUUUACUACAGUAUGAAAAGUAUUUGUUUCUUUUGUAGUGAUUUUAGCCAGGUUAGCGGCAUAGCUCUAGGGAGGUUGGUCUGUCUAUUGGUCGGCCCAUCCAUCACUUUGCUCCAGACUGGAUUAUUGCCAUUAAUUGUGGUUGACAUUUGUGGGUUUGAGUGAAAUGUCUUAACAAUUAUUGGAUGGAUUGCUGUUCCCGUUCCCUUCAGGAUGAAUUGUAAUCACUUUGGUUAUUUUAACUUUUCAUCUAGCUCCAUCAUCAGGUUCAAAUUUAAAUUUGGCGUUGGCAUUUAGCCCCGCUGUACAGCCUCACAGAGCUAGACAACAUAUUUCUGGAGAAGAGCAUUUACUCACCAAGUUAGCUGGAGUUAACAUGUGAAAUCCCUGUUUACAUGUUGGGAGUUCUUUAUAGAAGUAAAGUGUUCAGUAAUUUUCAUUUUCCGAGCGCAUGUAUGAAAGUGGUCUAAACCUAUACGGGCACCUGAUUAAAAACAUGUAAGGGAGGGAAACUACCAAAAAGAUUCAGUUGUAUAAAACAGGAUUACUUUAAGACAAAGACCAAUGGGACAGAACAAUUAUCUAAUUAGGUACCGAUCUCAGCAACAACAACAUAGAUCGCUUUACCAUGAAAAUUAGUCUCACUAUCCUGGGGAGGACAUUAAACUCUUUUUCUUACCUGACGUAAAUGAUUUUAGCAGCUAGGUGAGUUAAGAAAAGAGAGCAUUCGGUGAGUGAUGAUUGCAUAUUAUUCUCCAAAAUCACCCAGGAGAUCAUUCUCUUACUAUAUUUUCCAAAUUAAAUGUUUUUUAUAACCCAAAAUUCCAGGUAUCCACUUGUCACCCUGUUUUGUCCUCCCUAAUCUCACCCAUCUUAUCUCUCCUGCACCUUUCAGCUUUUCCACACCACCUCUCUCUCUCUCUCUCUCUCUCUCUCUCUCUCUCUCUCUCUCUCUCUCUCUCUCUCUCUUCUCCCACUCUCUCGCAUUUCCCUUUUGCUACCUUUAUUCUCCUCUCUUCUCUCAUCUAUUCUCUCCUUCUGCCUUCUAUUCCUUCCUUCACCUUCCUGUUCCCUGCUGUGUGGGUGAUCAAAGCAGACUCAAUAGGGCAAUAUGUCAUCUGGGAAGCUGCCUACAGCUGUAAAGGUAUUCUCUCUCUCUCUCUCUCACUCUCUCACUCUCUCACUCACACAGAGUAGAAACUAAUUGAUAUCUAACAGGCACACAAUCUAAGAGUCUACUUUUCCUUGAUGUUUGGGAGUGGAACAUUGUUUUCUCCAAAAAUGCUCUGCUAUAUUUACUUCUUUUUUUUUUUUUUAAACCAGCUUGAAUUCAUUAGCCAAUAUGAAUAUUAUGUGUUAAGGUUUAAUAUCAGCAGUCCUUGAGAGAGUUGUAUGGUGAAAAAGUGACAUGUGACAGUUUGCAUCCAUCACAGGAUUAUUGUUUCCAGGCAAACUCAGCUGACUGAGACAGAAAAGACAGGAGCGACAGAUUCCGGCUAUAUCUGGUAGAAAUAACUAGAUCGUCACAAAUUCAAAAAAUCCUUGAAGAUAAAAAUGAACCAUUGAAGCUUAGUGGUAAUCAACACAAAGUUACCUGACAGAGGUACUCAUAUUGUAUCCAUUUGGGGACAUGCACAGAGGAACCCCAAAACGAACAAUAGGUGAUGUGGUAAAUGUAAGAGAGGACAUGGAUGAAAAUAUACUUUAGUACCUCUUAACGAAAGAAGUUGUCAAAAUGUGGAAUAAAACCUCAUGUUGUAUAUUCCAGCAGAAGUUAAGCUGGUGAAUAAGUCACUGAGCAAAGA